UUGCACAUGGCGCAGCAAUAGCAGGCAACAAACAACAGUGACAGCUGCUCCAUGUACUGGCGUCUGGCGGCAAGUCGUGCAUUGCUGAAGUCUCUUCGCCACUCUACUACAAAAGCGUGUGUGUGUGUGCACAAACAGUUGGCUUUUGACGACACAGUGCUUUGGUAUUUUUACGCAUAAUCGCAUGGCGGCGUUCGUAGCGGUGCGACAAAAUUCAUAACAUCUCGCGUACAGCGCGCGCCUGCCCAACGCGUGGCGACUCGUUCGCUUUCACGCGUUCCACUAUUAUUGCGGUGACAAUAGUGUGGUAAACACAAGUAAAAACAAAAGCAAAGAACACAACAAGCGCUGAAAACAAAAGCAGAUCGUAAACUUAUUUAGUUGCGGUCGGCGCGUUUUGCCGCACACAACAUAGUACGCGUUCGCAUUUUGCAUUGUACGGACCUAAGGCGGACGCUCCGCAAAAUUGUUUUAACCACAAUAUACCCACAACACUAAUAACUUGAACAUACGCAAGGUCGUUAACAGAAACUUUUCUUGUGUGCGCGUGUGUAUGUGUAAAUAAGCCUAAUAAUUAAUAACAUUCCAUAGUGAAGUGAGUGCGCGUUUGCCGCAUUAUGUCCACGCCCGAAGAGCUGGCGCGCCUUGUCGCCAUACACCUGCGUGAUUUGCAGGAAAGUGAACCGAAUUGGACCGUCGCGCAUUCCGAUGUCGCGGGACGCGGUGUCUUCGCAAAGCGCGACAUCGCCGCUGGUGAAUUAUUAUUCCGCGAAUGUCCACUUGUGGUCGGUCCUACGGCGCGCAAGGGCUCCAUACUCAACACCUGCGUUUGCUGCCACAAGCUGCUCGCCGUCAAGGACUUUCUCUGCAAACAUAAAUGUAUGCUGCCUGUGUGUGAUGCGUGCGCCGAUUCAGCGCUGCAUCGUGAAGAGUGCGCGCUCUUCCAGCGCUGGCAGCCCGUGGAAUUGAGUAAAUUAGCGGAUAUGUGUAAAGAUAAGAGCGCCGGACCGCCGCUAGUGAAUCCCUAUUCGUUACGCAUACUUACGGCGGUGCGCGUAUUCUUUCUCAAUCCAGAGCAGCGCGCGCUCGUCGACGCCAUGCAAGCGAAUGCGGAUCGCGGCUAUCGGCAGGAGAUCAUCAAAGCGGCGCAGAGUUUUCGCAAAUUUCCCACAACAGAUAAAUCAUUUAUGGACAAUCUUUUUCGCAUUGUUGGCGUAUUGAAUACGAACGCAUUUGAGGCGCCAUGUCGCAUUGGCGAACACGAGACGCUCGUGCGUGGCCUCUUCCCGCUAACGGCGAUCAUGAAUCACGAGUGUACGCCCAAUGCGAGUCAUUACUUCGAUAAUGGUCAAUUAGCGGUGGUGCGCGCGGCGCGUCAUAUACCCAAGGGCGCGGAGAUAACCACCACGUAUACGAAGAUUCUCUGGAGUAAUCCGACGCGUGGCAUUUUUCUCAAAAUGACUAAACAUUUUGUAUGCGAGUGUGCGCGCUGCAACGACAAUACGGAGAACGGCACUUAUUUGUCUGCACUCUUCUGCCGCGAACAAGGCUGCAAAGGCAUCGUCAUACCCGAACACACGAAAACCUUGCAACCGGACUGGCGUUGCCUCACGUGCGAUACCGUUGCGCCACACGCAAAGAUGUCACGCUACCAGGACUUUGCCUUGAACACGAUCAACAAUCGCAUCAACACGAGUACCGUGCACGAUUUGAUCACUUUCAUAAACGAUAUGUGUCCGCGCUUUUGCCCGCCCUCCAAUUAUGUGCUCGUCGAGGCGAAGUUGAAUGUGAUUUGGCGCAUGCAACGCUUCAAGGGCGACUUCACCGAGGAGGAGGUGCGACAUCGCGAUCGUUAUCGCGAGGAGAUUUUGGAGAUAUUGGAGAAACUGGGCGCCGGCGAUUGUACGCUGAAGAAGCUAAUUACCAAUGAGAUUCCGUAAGCGGUGCGAGCGAGUGGAGCGCAAAUCGCUUGAUGCGCGCGUGUGAAGAGGCAGCGGAAGCAAUCAAAUGAGUUUUUGUAUUUAUUGUGUUGUUAGUGUGUGCAUUUUUAUGCUAUUUAAUACUCCAGUGCUACCGUAGCGCUCAUAUGUAUCAUCGUUGUUGUACUGUUUGAGAAUUAUUGUAAUUUGUUGGCGUUUGUCUCGAAUAACUUUUCCAAUUCCUUUUAUUGUCGCAUUAUUCUACGUAAUUAACGCACUGCAAACCUUUUCGCUUGGCCGAAUGCGUGCUCGUUCCGACUUGUCAGCGGAAAAUCGUGCAAUUAUUUACGCGUCAAUUUAUUUAUUACUAAAUAGUUGUAUCCUCAAAUUUAUAAAUCUCUAGAAUUAAUGUUUACUACUGAGUCUGAAAUAAAUAGUGAAUGACUAAGAGAAUUAUUUAAAUAAACACAAAUAAAGAGUCGCUGAAAA